AUAUGUAUGUAUUUUGCCGUGCGAGUUCGUGUGUGUAUUUGUGAUAACCUUUUUUGCUGUUUGGUUGCUGAUAAAAUAGGAGAGGAAGAGAAGGAAGAUUCUUGCGUGACUUGGUGGCAAUUGAUUAUUGCGUUUUUAUUUUUGAAAUUUUAUGUUAUAUCUAAGUAUUUUUAUUCUUUUUGGCUGCAUUUUUUGAUUGAUGAAACGAAACGAGUGAGAAAAUGGAAUUUCUCAGCAAAUUUUCGCUUCGUUCGAGGAGAUGGUCGCAUGGAUCGUCGCUAAGAUCAGAAACAGUAAUGGGUGAUCCUAAUUCUAAACAUAUUUUGGAGGAUUAUUACAUUCCAAAUUAUAUACUUGUACCUGGUUCAGCCGUUGAUAUACAUUCAUAUAUACCACCCUGUCCGGUGAUAGUGUUCAUCAACUCCAAAAGUGGUGGUCAGCUAGGUGGAGAGCUUAUUGUCUCAUACCGUACUCUUCUUAAUGAGAACCAGGUUUUCGAUUUGGGGGAGAAGCCCCUGAUACUGUGCUGCACCAGCUUUAUGUCACUUUGUCUAAGCUUAAGUACAAUGGAGAUAAUUUAGCAGCUGAAA